AUGCGUGUUCUUUCUUCCCUGAUGGGUGGUGCCCUCGCUAUAGCUUCCAUGGUUUCGUCCACCAGUAUCUUGAUCCCACUUUACGUCUGGCCUGAGGACGACUCUACCUGGGGCCCGGUCUACAAUGCCGCUGCUGCGCAUCCCAACAUCCAGUUCCAGGUGAUUAUCAAUCCUUCCAGCGGUCCCGGGAGUUCAGGUAAAAGCCAUCCUCCAAUCAAGAGCACAUGGUUUAAGCAUCUGACUUUACGGUAUUCAGAGUACCCUGACGAGAGUUAUAUCUCCGCCGUUGCUAAGCUAAACAACUAUUCGAACGUGCAAACCCUGGGUUAUGUCGACACUCAAUUCACUACCCGCGACGUUUCCGAUGUUGAGAACGAUGUCUCCAUCUACCAAGGCUGGUCCUCAUACAAGAACAGCAAUAUCACCAUCUCGGGCAUAUUCUUCGACGACGCUCCGAACGAGAACAAUGAGGCGAAGAUCUCCUACAUGCAGCAAAUCUCCAGCACGGCCAAAUCAAGCAACAUGCGGUUCGUGGUCUUCAACCCCGGCACUACUCUCCAAUCCGGCUCCGCGAAAGGAUACUUCGACGCGGCGGAUCUGAUUGUCGAGUUUGAAAAUACGUACUCGACCUGGAUCUCGUCUACUCCAGCCGAUCAUUUCUCCGGGAAAGCUGAUUACUCCAAAGAUGCUAUCAUUCUGUACAAUGCCCCACUCGCCGCCGACUACGAUGCUGUUGUGAAAGAAGCUACCCAGAUGGGGUUGGGCGCUGCUUAUCUGACCAAUGACGAUGAUUAUUCUUCUGUGGCUAGUGUUCAGAAGGUCAUCCAGGCCUUUGUCGAUGCAGCGUAA